AUGGACUAUUCUGAAGGCAUGGACGAGUCUGCGGCCGUCUUUUACAUCGGCCAGCACGAGUCGAAGCGGACCCUGCAUGUCUCGCCCGAAUUGGUUCAGCAUGCCCAAGAUCUCGGAUAUGAUAUGCUUACUAGCACCAUCACCAACGACCACUUCCAAAACCGCGUCUUGAGUCUCCUCAACUCCUACACCCAGACCCUCGCCGAGUCGCAAUCUCAACCGCUGCCCUUGAUACCUGCAUUGGACAACUUCGAUACACCGCUCACCCCGAACGACAUCAUCGGUCAAUUGGUGGCAUUUACUAGCUCGUGGAUCGAUCUGUCCUCACCAGACCCUAUUAUUUCGCACCUGUCGCGACAGGUCUUCCACCUCGAGGUCGCCUAUGCAGCAUUCUGUGGUGUUACCAACCUUGUCAUUCCUGGACCGAGACUCACUCACGGACAGACCGGCGUAUCUCAGUAUGCUCGAUCAAUCAAGGAGGCGCUGACCACUGGGUCUUACAUCCAGUUGCACGUCCAACUACCCAUGGAUGGAAGGCAGUCAGACUCCAACGCCGACGACAUGGGAGACCUAGCGCGCUUUGCAAGGCCUGAGUUCGAAGCGAGCAGUCAGGCAAAGAACGUCGAUUCUUGGAGCUCAUGGGAUGCUUGGAAUACAAUCCGAUCCAUCUGCAAGUACCACAACAGAUUGUCCAUUAUGCUUGAUCUCCCGCGUCGGCUUCCAUCAUUAGCUGUCCAGUCACGCUGGUUCUCUGAGCCUGUAAGACUACUCAACCUAUCGGCGUCGUCUUUCCUUGUCAAUGCCCGCCAAUCCUUCGUUCUGUCCAAAGCACACCAGGUCUUCAUCUUCCGUUGUAUGCGUCUGCAGCGCGGACCUUGGUUACUCGUCUCGGAUGUCGGCCCACUGCCAGGUAUCGAUGACCCGGACAUGAUAAUGUCGUACUCCACAGGUCAUCUGUCCCCUCGCACAGUAGAGGAUGCACCGAGCCCUGGGGCUUCAACAACAGUCGCACCAACUCCAGCCGAGGCAGCUGAAAUCGCAAAGAAGCUUCCUAAGAAGAGCAGUAGCAGUAACGACCCAACUCCUCACUUGAGCUACAUGCGAUACCUCCAGCGCAACCAACCCCCUAAAAGCCAAAUCGAACGGUUUGGUGGUGGGUUCCAAGAUUAUCUACAGAGCCCGUUGCAACCCCUUACGGAUAACCUUGAGUCUAUCACAUAUGAGGUAUUCGAAAAGGAUCCGAUCAAGUACGCUUGGUACGAGCGGGCUAUUGCUCAGGCGCUGAAAGACUGGCAUGCCGAGAGCAGAUCGACCAGUUCCAACAACGGCGCUGUCGUGGUUGCCGUUGUAGGAUCAGGUCGCGGCCCGCUUGUAACACGUGCGCUCAAUGCCAGCGCGAGCUCCGGUGUACCCAUCCAGAUUUAUGCCAUUGAGAAAAACCCCAACGCCUACGUCUUGCUGCAACGGCAUAACAUUGAGACAUGGGGAGGACGUGUCACUGUCGUCAAGACGGACAUGCGAGCCUGGAAAGGUCCAACACUUCCAGACGGUACUUUCGGCAAAGUGGACAUACUCGUCAGCGAGCUUCUUGGAUCUUUCGCCGACAACGAACUGUCCCCUGAGUGUCUUGAUGGUGUUCAGCACGUUUUGAACCCAACUCAUGGCAUCUCGAUUCCGUCCAGCUACACUGCACACUUCACCCCUAUCUCGACCCCAAGGCUUUGGUCAGACCUGUAUACUAGGAGUACUAGCGUUGAUCCAAAUGCUUUUGAUAUCCCCUGGGUAGUCAUGUUGACUCAGUUCGACUACCUCUCUACUGAGUCUCAAGAGACGAUUGCUUCUCAACAACUGGGCAAUGGUACUAAGAUGCAGCACUUCAAUCUAGAGGCCCCUCUCACACCAAACGUGCGAACAGCGUGGGAGUUCACUCAUCCCCUCCCACCUUCCGUUCUAGCUCAAUCCUCACUGCGCAAGGGUGGUUCAGCAAUAGGCGGCGGAGGCGGCUUCAGUGGAGGUGACGGUGCGAACGAACAUAACCUACGCUACUGCCGCAUCGCCUUCCCCAUCCAAGAACCCGGUGUAUGCCACGGUCUCGGCGCAUACUUUGAAACUGUACUCUACAGCGGCUCUGAAGGACCUGUGGAGCUAAGCACAAAUCCCGUUACUAUGGAACAGAAGAGCAAGGAUAUGAUUUCUUGGUUCCCCAUCUUAUUCCCGCUCAAGAACCCCAUGCAGCUCCCCGCCAACUCAGAGGUUGAAGUCAGUUUCUGGAGGCAAACGGACGAUCGCAAGGUGUGGUAUGAGUGGCUUGUUGAGAGCUACAUGACUGUCAAUGGACAGAGGAUACGAUUGAGUGUUUCUGAUCUUCACUCGAGCAAGUCAAAUGGUUGCAUGAUGUGA